AUGCCGCGAUUAAGUCCCGUUGUUUUCUGAUCACUUAAUUACCAUCGGUUUGUUUACAAUCGAAUGCAGGCAACAUUGCAAAAUAAAUAAUUUUGAUAUUUUGCGGAGCAAUAAUAUAGAGAGAUUGUUUUAAUAAUAAUAAUUUUUUUGUAACAAUGACUUUCAAUGAGAUGCUUAUAGAGGAAGUGCGAAAGCACAGGUGUAUUUACGAUGUAUCACUUAAGGAAUUUGGAAGCGAGCUGAAGAAAGCUUGGAGGGAAAUCGGGAAAGUGCUAAACGCAAACCCGAAGAUUUGCAAACAGCGAUGGAAUACUCUUCGGGACACAUACAAAAGAAUGAAGCGUACUAACGAGCCAGGCUCCAGCAGUGGUGCACCAAUACCCAACAGGAAAUGGAAGUUCCAAGAGGUAUUAUCCUUCUUGGAUGACUGCAGAGAUAAGAACUUUUCUUUAUUAAAAACUGCCAGAAGCAUUAAAAUAGUAGAGCCAACAACAAUUGUGUUGGAAGAUAUGGGGAAUACAAUACCAGAAAAGUUCACCUUGGAAGAAGACACGGACUCUCAAUCAUCAUAUUCUUCGGCAAGCUCAAGCGGAACAGCAAUUGAGAGACUCGCCGAUGCCGAGCUGAAGAGUAGUUUAGCCAAAGCAAUGGGGCAAUGCCUUGCUUUAGUAACUGAUCUUGUCAAAGUACCACAAAAAAAUUCAACAUUCUCACUUUUUGAAUCUUUUGCUCAAAAAAUAGUGGAUGCAAACUUACCCCAAGCGGAUGUUAACAGAAUAGAAGCAAAAGUGAUGUUAUUGUUGCAUGAGGAACUGGCAAAAUUUUAUAAAUGAAAUAACUAUAUUUGAUUUGUUGGAAUUAAAUGAAGUGAAAACU